AUGCAUUUUUUCUUGCCAAGCAUUGUGAAUUUGAAACAAUUGUCUUGUUGUACUCUCCCUACAAUUUUCUCUCUUGUUGACAAUAACGAUGAAAACGAACUUCACAAAGAACUCAUUUAUAAGGAGGAUAAUGAUGUAAGGAGUAACGAAAGUGUACAAAGCUUGAUGAUUGAGAAGAGCUAUUGUUUUGCGAAUGUGUUGGAGAAGGAAAAGAUUACAAUGCUUGGCGAAGAACAUACAACUAAGAUGUUGAUUCGUAGGUGGGACUUUUGGUUAUAUUACAUUGCUUAUUUCUGUGGAGGAACAAUUGGAUUGGUUUAUAGUAAUAACUUGGGACAAAUUUCUCAAUCACUUGGAUAUAACUCUGAGACAAGUUCUCUUGUGACACUUUAUUCGACGUGCUCCUUUUUCGGUCGGCUUCUUGCAGCCGCACCCGACUUAUUUAGCAGCAAGACACACAUUGCAAGAACUGGAUGGUUUGCAGCAGCCUUGGUACCAACACCAAUUGCAUUCAUUUUACUAGCCAUAUCCGGUACUAAAACGGCGUUACAAUUAAGCACAAGCUUAAUUGGAUUAAGUUCUGGCUUUGUGUUUUCUGCGGCAGUAUCUAUAACAUCGGAGCUAUUUGGUCCAAACAGUGUUGGUGUGAACCACAACAUCCUCAUCACAAACAUUCCUUUAGGUUCAUGUCUUUAUGGCCUUCUUGCAGCAUUGAUUUAUGACUCUAAGGCCACAAGUUCAGGACAAUCGAUAUGGCUGCGCGAGAUGUCUUUGUGCAUGGGAAGGAAAUGCUAUAUGCAGACAUUUAUAUGGUGGGGUUGCAUUUCAAUUGUUGGAUUGGUUUCAAGUUUCUUGCUUUUCUUAAGGACUAAGCAAGCUUAUGACAGUUCUGAAAGAAAUAAAAAUAGCAACAGAAUACAGGCAAGUUAG